AUGCCGCUAAAAGUCCUUCCUUGCACUACGCUUGACUAUCCUCGAAGUUUCGAGGUUGAGCGGAGAGCAUGGGCUCAAGCUCCGUUCACCAAGAUCCUUUUUCCAGGGCCAUUCCCCGAAGAUAUGGCUGAACUUCGUGCACAGGAGAUCGCAAAGCAGGUGGAGGAGGAUCCAACCACUCGGUGGCUGAAGGUAGUCGAUGCAGACCUAUCCGACCCAGAUGAGGGCAUUGCGUUUGCUAAAUGGCAUGUCUAUACCGACCAGCCAGCCAACAUAGGGCGAAGCAGAUCAUUUGGAGAGGGAUGCAACAUUGAGGCGUGCGAGUUUGUGUUCGGCGGUGUCUCAAAGUCGCGAGACUCGAUCAUAGGCGGCAAGAAUUUUGUCUGCAAGUCUCUCCUCUUCUGUUUUCUUCUCGUUGUGUGUAGCUCAGAUCUCGCUAUACUUGCCACGGAUCCUGAUCAUCAACGUCGUGGUGCUGCUGGCCUAUUAGUGAAAUGGGGAGUAGAAGAAGCCAAACGGUACAAUCUGCCGUUGUAUGUCGAAAGUUCCGAGGCAGGUCAUGAAUUGUAUAAGAAAUACGGCUUCAAGGAUUUGGAGUUGCAUGAGAUCGACAUGAGUAGAUGGGGCAUUGCACAACCACACCGUAGCUGGGGGAUGAUGAUUGAGCCCGAAGCCAAGGCACCUUUAACAGUGGCUGCAAUGGAUGACAGCACAGUAGGUGCGACGACAGUGGCAACAGCCAAUGCCUAG